UGAGCCCCCCUGCUCCGGGCGCGCUGUGGUUCGUCCCAGCCGUCCCUGGAGGGACGGGGAAGAGGGACGGGGACGGCUGAGGGGGCGAGAUCGGGGAGACCCCCGAGCGGGGCUGAGGGGGCACCAGGAGGAGACCCUCGCCAUCGGGGGGCUGCGAGGGGCGUCAGGAGCAGGGGAGACCCCCGCGGUGGGGUUUUGCAUGGGGCWCCCCUUGGAGCGGGGUGAAGGGUUCGUAGGGGGUCGUGGCCCGGGCUCGCACACACACACACACCUGGGGCAGGUGGGUGUCAGGAGAGAGGAGAAGCUGAAAGGCUCAGGGCUUGAGUAACUUGGGGUCUCCAAAAUCCAGAGAGGGAACAGUGAGGAGCUCUGGCCGCUCCUCCCCAGGUGUGUGCCGGGAUGAGCUCYCCCGACGGGGCCAGCAGAGCGUUCCCCCUCCAUGUCCUGGUCUGGAAUAACGACUACAAGCGGCUGGACGAGGCGCUCCAGGACCAGGAUGUUGACCAGCGGGAUCCAAGGGGCCGGACCUUGCUGCACUUGGCCGUUUCCUUGGGUUACUUAGAAUCUGCCAAGGUCCUCCUGCAGCACAAGGCAGAUGUGACCAAGGAGAACGCGCAGGGAUGGACGGUUUUGCACGAGGCUGUCAGCACAGGGGAUCCAGAGAUGGUCCAGUUGAUCCUGCAGCAUCGGGACUACCAGCAGACCUCCAUGACCCUUGGAGGAGUUCCUGAGUUACUCCAGAAAAUUAAUGAGACUCCUGACUUUUAUGUGGAAAUGAAAUGGGAGUUCACAAGCUGGGUGCCCCUGGUUUCCAGGAUGUGCCCGAGUGACGUGUGCCGCAUCUGGAAGAGCCGGGCCAAGCUGCGCGUUGACAUCACCUUGCUGGGCUUUGAGAACUUGAGCUGUGAGAGGGGCAGGAGAACUGUCAUCUUCAAAGGAGAAGACUCUGGUGGCUGGGCAGAGUUCAUCGAGAUCAAUCACGAUGACAAGUUUGUCACGACAGAGAGGUUUGAGAUCUCCCAGCACAUGAAACGUUUGACGUUGGGAUCGAUGACUCCCAAGAAGAAGGAUGUGGAAAGACGCCUUACAUCUCCAAUCAUCAGCACGUGCCUUGAUACCAAAAACAUUGCUUUUGAAAGAUCCAUGUCUGGAUUCUGGGUGUGGAAGACAGAAAGAUCAGAAGGUGUCAAUGGUUAUGAAGCCAAGGUCUACAUGGCAAACAAUGUGAACGUGAUCACACGAAUCAGAACAGAACAUUUAACAGAAGAGGAGAAGAGGAGAUAUAAAGCUGACAGGAGCCCUCUGGAAUCAUUCCUGGGGACAGUGGAGGAUGAAUGUGGUGCUGAGACAUCCAGGACAACAGAGUAUGCUGCAGCCAACAAUCCCACUGCUAUUACUCUGGAGGAAUACUUCGACCCAGAAUUUGAUUUGCAAGGCAGAGACAUAGGAAGACCAAAGGAAGUCACCACUAGAACACAGAAAUUUAAAGCAGCCUUGUGGAUGAGCGAAGAGUUCCCCUUGUCUCUUGUGGAACAAGUCACUCCAAUCGUUGACCUGAUGGCCAGAACUAGUGCUCAUUUUGCAAGACUUAGGGAUUUCAUCACUCUGGAUUUUCCACCAGGAUUUCCUGUCAAAAUUGAAAUUCCCCUGUUUCACGUGCUGAAUGCCCGAAUUACUUUUGAAAAUGUCAACAGCUGCAGGACAGCUGAGAGCACCUCCUCUGAAGGUGCACAGAGUGAUGCAGGUGCUGAUUUYGAGGUGGACCAGUCAGUGUUUGAGAUCCCCAAAUCUUACCACGUCCAGGAUGUUGGCAGGAACAUCCACGUGCAGGAUGAGGAUAAUGAGAUCAUGCAGUUUGCCAUCCAGCAGAGCUUGUUGGAAUCUGGUGGAAAUAAAGAAUUGGGGGUGCAUUCCAACGGAGCAGUUGGAUAUUCCCAGGACUUCAAUUUACAGUAUCAGAAGGCACUGCAGGAGAGCUUUCUGACGAGAGCAGGGAACUCCCACAGCAGCAGCCCCAUUGAAACUUCCAGCUUUGAGAAGGACUUGCAGCUUGCCAUGGAAUUAUCUGUCCGGGAGCAGGAGGAACAGGAGAAGCAGCGCCAGGAGAAGGAAGAUGCAGAGCUCCAGCAAGUUUUACGGCUCUCUCUGGUGGAAAAAUAGCUCCUCAGUGACCUCCUGAAGUAGGGAUGACCAAAUCUGUGUAAAACUGGAGGUUUUCAGGGCUGUCAGUCUGAAGACCACUCCUGGAUUKCUUAAGGAAACAUUUUACCUGCCUUCUAAGUUGGCAUCAGCUGCAAAAGCCUGAUUUCUUUUUGUUUGGGGGAGUUCCAGAUCACAGGACUCCACAUCUGGCUCCCCARCCAUGCAGUCUUAGCUUUGAAGGAAAUGUUUUUAUCUAAACUUAUUUAUUGAAGAGCAGAUGGAAAUUUUGCUUKGCAUCAGGACGUAGGAUUGCAGUAAAGCUUGAAGGCCUGAUUUUAUGGGGAGUUCAGGAGGGAAAUUUCAUUACUUACCAAAGAAAUACUCAUCUGCUUCAUUAUUUCUCAAUAAUUCAAAKCCAUUGCCUGUUUUUUCAGCUGUUUCAUGGGAGAACAUCUCCCUGCCUGUACACACACGGUAGUUCUUCAUGCUGACAGAUGUUUUCUGUUAGUUUUGGUUUUAGAUGUGGUUAUCUCUCCUCUAGUUACUGAGAUUUUUGGCUUAAGAGGGAUAAUUUUAUACUUGAACAGCUCAUCCAAGCUCCAGAUUAAACUAGUGCUUUCUGAAAAAGGACAAAACAAGUAGCCAGUAAAAUUUUAGAUGCUGAAAUGGGACCAUCUGUCCAGUACAGCAGCARUUUCUGCAGUGAUUCCAAACCAGCUCCUUCCUGUGGUCAGAGGGCAGCAAGAAAUUAAGGGAUAGAUACAGGUGCUUCUUUGGGAUCUCUUGGUGUGCAUGGCUGAGUGUGGGUGCUAAAUGCAACCAGGAAAAGAAUUCAGGUGAGAUUUCAGUGUAUCCUUAYUGGAAGAGAAGUUUUAAUUCUGCAAGGGAAACGUGUGUUGCUUUUUGAAACCCCGAUGCUUAUCCUUCAUGUGAAUACAUCUAUUUUUUUACCUGAAUAUUUUUAUUGAUUUUAAACCAAGCCACUAGGCCUACACUCAUCAAACCAGUCUUGUAACGAUUCCUAGGUCUGUUUUAACCAGCUUUCCUCAGGUUUUUGGCCAUACAGGAUCUUUGUAGCUCUUUUAUCUGCACUCCUGUCGGUGUUUACAGUACUCACACUGUGACUCUCAAGUGCACUCCACAAGUACACGAUGAACAGCCACAGGAAAGCCUUACAGUUGUUAAAUGUGAGCAAUAUCCCUCUGCUCUGGCUGGCAGGAGUGGAGGAACCUUUGGUACAGCUGCUCUGAGCUUGCUCCUAACACAGCUCCUGUUYCUCAGGCUAAACAGGGUAGUUCUGGGUGACCAACUAUGAAUUAACCAGUGUAAAAUCACCAUAAAAUGGACUUAAUCACUACCAGGGGGUUAGUUCAUAACUUGGAACCCUAUUUUAGACAAAUAAUUMAUUGUUUUACAUAGGAAAUGAUUACGGUUCUUUCACUGUACACUAGGACUGCCCUCUCCACACUGGUUUUGUUCCUUGAGACAGUUUGCACCCCUAAAAACAACUUCCUGGGUGCAGCAGGAAUGGGGACUGCCCUGCWCAGGGGCAGUGGGCUGGCUUGGAAUGUCUUUUUUUUGAGAAGGGGAUGACUCUUAGAGUUGGGAAAAGGGAAUAGGCCUCGUGUUGAGCUCCUGACAGGGUGGGAGGUAGGAGAUGGAGCCGUGGGCAUUCCUCCAGUGGGAAUAAAGAGUGCUGUUGCCUUUACAAACCCGUCUGCCUGGCAUUGCCUGUCUUCUGCUAAGCAUUUCAAAGGUUACAAGUGGGGUAAAAAUAGCAUUUUUCAAGCUGACUUGUUCUGGUUUUAUAUUUAAACUAAAGAACAUUGAGCACUUUCAGUUGAAGUUUUGUUAUGCUCCUGCUUCUUAGUCUGGAACUGUAAAAUAAAUUGGAUUUGCUUUUGGGUUUUUUUUUUUUUUGCUUU